AGUUCUGCAUUCUUUGAAACCAAUUUCAUUACUCAAAAAAACCAUCAUUUUCCACUAUAGCAGGUUCAAGUAAAGAAUCAACCGUUAAAAAAAAAUUAAAAAAAGAAAAAGAAAAAGAAAAAUUAAUAUUAGAUACUGUUAUUAUAAUUUGAUUAAUUGAAUAGGCAUAUUCUAUGGAGAAGUCAAACAAGAAGAUAUGCUCCCCUACCCUUGGACUCGGUUUUUACUUUCUUGUCACAAGGCAGAUUGAGAAGUGGGUAAUCUAUUUGUGGUCUUCUUUCAUGUGCAUGAGGCCAAAAAAAAAAAAAAAAAAAAAAAAAAAUCAGUUUGAUUAAUCAAUGAGGUGACGUUAUGGAUGAUGCAAGUAAUAUUCCAACCCUAAUGACUAUGUGCAGCAGGCUCAGUGUGACCACUCUUUUUUAUCUCCAAUUUUUUGUUUUCGUCUUCAAAGUGGCUUAGAAAGAGAGACUUUUUUGUGUUUGAUAGAGGAAUUCAGGGGAAAGAAAUCAAGAAUGGCAGGGCCCCAUUGCUGCUCAAACCCUCCAACCCUAGACCCAAGCUAUGGAGUAGGAAGUGUUGAGGAAUUUGGUGGCAUCAGCUCCUAUGUCACUGGCGAUCCUCGAUCCAAGCUUGCUGUUCUUCUUGUAUCUGAUGCUUUUGGAUAUGAAGCACCUAACUUGAGGAAACUGGCAGACAAGGCUGCAGCUGCUGGAUUCUUUGUGGUGGUUCCUGAUUUCUUACAUGGAGAUCCCUAUGUCCAUGACAACCCCAAUAAGCCCGUUCAAGUUUGGAUAAAAGAACAUGACACGGAUAAGGCAUUUGAAGAAGCAAAACCAGUAAUUGGAACCUUAAAAAGUAAAGGUGUUUCUGCAAUAGGAGCUGCGGGCUUCUGUUGGGGCGCAAAAGUUACAAUUGAACUUGCGAAGUCCGGUUUUAUCCAAGCUGCUGUGCUUUUACAUCCUUCAUUUGUCACUCUGGACGAUAUCAAGGAUGUUAAGGUUCCAAUUUCAGUACUUGGAGCUGAGAUUGACCCACUUUCUCCACCGGAACUCUUGAAACAAUUUGAAGAGAUCUUAGCUGCAAAAUCUCAGGUGGAUUUUUUUGUGAAGAUAUUUCCAAAAGUUGCACAUGGAUGGACCAUGAGAUAUAAGAUUGAAGAUGAAGAGGCCGUCAAGAAAGCAGAGGAGGCUCAUCAAGACAUGUUGGAGUGGUUUUCUAAGCAUGUUAAGUGAAGUUGUACAACAUAGUACUUUCCAUUACCAAAAAUUAAAAGUAAUAAUGUAAUAGUUAUCAUUAAAAGCUGGUGAAAAUGUUCAAAAGAUUUCUGUCA